UUCCAAUCCAGAACCUAAAAUUUAACUCUUCUUCCUUCAUUCUUUCUGUCAAAAAAUGGAUUCUUUGUUAGCCACCUACGCCUCUUCAGACGACGACGAAGAACAACCACAACAACAACAAAGCACGUCCUCUUUUUUUUCUGCUCUUCCCAAACCUAAAUCUUUCUCUCUCUUCUCUUCGCUCCCCCAACCCCACAAAAGCCCCAUCACCAAAACCCCAAUUCAACCCAAACCCACUUCCAAUUCCAACAAUUCCUCAAUUUUCUCUUCACUUCCGCAACCCAAAUCUCAAAGCUCACAGCCGCCUGAAAAAUCCACCAAAAGGGUUGUGCGAAUCAUCCCUGCGAUUAAGUCCAAUAAUUUCGAUGAAGACGACGAAGACGAAGAAGAGGAGAAACAACGAAAGAAGCGGAAAGAAUCCCAAAUCUUGAAUCAAGAUUCUUCAGUGAAGUCGUUUUUGUCGAGCAUUCCUGCUCCCAAGAGCUCUGCGACAUUGGGGGUUCUUCAUGCUAAUCAAGGUUCUGGACGAAGAUCCAUUAUCGAAACAGAAGCUCCUGCUGCGAGUUCAAGUGGUUUUGAUGCCAAGAACGAAUCGAGUGCUGACCAAAAUGAGGUUAGCUAUGCGAGUUAUGAAUUGGGUAGUGAUCAAAAUGCUAUAGACUAUGCAAAUCAAUAUCCAAGUGUAGGAAAUUAUGCGAUUCAUGAAGUUGGUAGUGAUCAAAAUACUGUAGAUCAUUAUCAAAAUGAACAAAAUUAUGCUAGUCGCGAAGUGGGUAGUGAUCAGAAUGUAGGGAAUUACGAGAACUAUGUUGGUUAUGAAUCGAGUAUUGACCCAAAUAUGCAUAGUGUUGAUGGUUCGACGUAUGUGAAUUAUACGAGUUAUAAUGGCCAUGGAGAUUAUGGGCAAUUUGAGUCGGGGGCAAUGGUGCAAGAGACAGCUAGUUUUAGAGUGCCAAGGAAGAGAGGUAAGAAUGAGAUUCCAACUGAAAUAGUUGAGGUAAAGCAGGACGAGUUGAUGAAGGAUCGGCCACGUGAGGACCAGGUCAAGUUAACUGGAAAAGCAUUUGGACCUUCUUAUCAGCAGCCUGUUUCGACAAAGGGAAAGCCUACAAAGCUUCACAAGAGGAAGCAUCAAAUUAGUUCUUUGUACUUUGAUAUGAAGCAAAAGGAGAUGGAACUAGCAGAGCGGCGAGCAAGAGGCUUCCAAACUAAAGCUCAAACACAAGGCAAAUAUGGAUGGUGAACUUAAUUAUUUUUUGUCUUUUGUAAUUGAAAACUGUGGCAACAUCAGCCUUUGUAAACCAUUAAGUUUUUGUUCUGAAGUAGAUUUUCCUCCAUAUCAUUAUACUUGUGACCUAGAAUGUCAAAAUUUAUAAGUUUAUUCUAUUGGGAGAAAUUUAUUUAUAUUUGAA